ACGAUCCUUGACUAGUCCACUUAUACACCCAUGAACAAUACAUUUCUUCAUUGAAUAAAAUACAUUGAUGUAUCGUAAAACGUCGACUACAGACGAUGUAUCAGACUGAUUUGAUGCAUCGAAUCGUAAACAUCUUUUUCUAAUUUGCGGUGAGUGGCGCAUGCGCAUUAGUCUGCUAGUGAGGUAAGGUAGCUGAUAUCGUAUACAUACGUGUACGAUAAGCACGACAAGUCUAAUGCGCAUGCGCCAGUACCGCAUGAGUUAGAGAGAGACAACAUCAACCUUUCGUUUUUUGGUAUAUUCAUGCAGAGACAUUUCCGCUUACACAAUCGCCUAUGGUUUGUCUACUCUAUCUAUAAUAUCUCUAUGCCUUUAGUUAGUCUUGUAUGUGUAUGUGAUUUUAAGAAAAUGAUUUCAUGCAAUAGUUCUGUUGUUUGAUACUGAAGUAUUACAGAAUUAAGUAGAUAAUAAUUUGAAAUACGUUAAUAGUUUAUUUAAAAUGAGAAGAUCUUAUAUAUUGAAGAAUCGUCUGUGACAGUUUAAACAACUUUUCAUCGAUAUUUUAAUUUUGAUUCGAUUUUAGAGGUUAAACAGCAUCUUAGAGUGUUGUUUAUUCAAUGAGUGUUCUUGUAACAAGCUUUAUGUUUCCAUACGAUUAAACAAUAUUUGAAAGGCUUUAAUUACAAAGUCAUGGAUUGUCUUGACGACGAUGCGCUUGAGUUUAGUGAUAAAGAUGAAAAUUCCAUUCUUAAUCCUCCAUCUUCUAACAUAAAUAAUCCCAUAGAAGAAUAUCUUAAAAAUCAAUUAAGUUCUUUACAGAACAAGGUAGAUAAAACGAAUAAUGAAUUGGAAGAAUUAAAGGAUGAAAUUAAAAAUAUUUCUAAUAGUUUAAUUUUCAAACUUGUCCAUGGCCAUGAAAAAAAUUCUGAUUCAGAUAGCGAAAUGUACACCAUCAAAGGAGAACCAGUAAUUCAAAAGAGAUCUAAUUACAAUAAACCCUGUAAAUUCUUGAUACUGAAAGACCAUUGGCAAUACGUUUAUCUAGAUAAAUGGAUAAUAGUUGCAAUCUUACAGAAUGUAUCAUUUCAAACAUUACGGGAACUGAAAUUUUAUGCCUUUCCAAAGGACAUGAACGAAAUUCACGGUGUCGUAUCGGCUUUCUGGCAAAAGGAAAACGAACUUUGGAAAAGGAUCGACGUAAUAUCACCGAGAAAGAAGAACAUAGUAGCCACGCUUGUUCUCGAUCCCAUAGAUUUUCAUGAAAAUACAGUCGUAGAGAUAUACAGUACGAUUUCAUACGAAAACUUGGAUACGGAAUUGCAAAUAGCUAUACCAGUUAUUACUUUCUAUUCUCGCGAUAUUCUACGUGGAAAAUAUGAUACGUAUUCGUCACCGUACGCCGUGUUAGCAUUCAAGAGUAUCUCCCUUGAAACUAUUUUAGAUCUUCCCUUUGAAUUAGAUUCCGAUAGGUUCGUUCGUAUUUUGCAAUGUCUCGAUGCUAAAAGUGCCGGGAACAAUAUUUAUGUUAUCGAAAAAAUCGAAUGUCACGCUAUGAUUGAAACUUUAUCAAGUAAUAAGAUAAGUAUAAUGGCAAGAACAAUGUCUCAUUUGAAGUUAAUCCUAAGUAUAAUACAAGAGGAAGCCUCGAUUCCUAUUACAAGACUCGAGGAAGAUAGGUGUGUCGAAGCAGCGGAAGCAUUGAUAGAAGAGCUAGAAACAUAUCUCGGUGAUCUCAAUUUCUCGAGAAUGCAAAGGGCAAGGAUAAAGAGUGACCUGUUAAUACCAUGAUCGCGUGUUACAACGAUAUAUAACGUAUUCAAUAAUACAAAUUAUACAAAUCCAAGGUUCCAACGACCACCUGUAACAUUUGAAAAAAAAAAACCAUUCCUAUAAAAAAAAAAAAGAUUGUGUAUUUUUGUAAUAAAUUAAAAUAACGAAGGAAGAAGAAGAAAAAAAAUAUAAAAGCAUCUAUAUAGGAUCAUUAGGAUCGUGGAAAAAAUGGGGAUUUGUGUAAUAUAAAUAUAACUUUGAAAAAAAAAAAGAGAGUUGAGACGAAGACAAUCUUUGAAGAAUUUCGAUUUUAUUUUUGCAAACUUCUUUUCUACGUACGCAUUCAAUUAAACGUACGUACCUGACGUAUGUAUGUAUAUGUAUGUAUGUAUACGUGUAACGUGUAUAUGACACGUUUAUAACCGCAUUUGUCACACGGCUAAACGUACGUCAAAUUUUCUUCGAGCCGGAUAUGAUGCUGACUGUGAACACCAAUGCGCUCGAUCGAUGAAUGAAUCGUUGGCAGCAAUCGAGGUGCUGUUGUUAUCUUUUUUUUGUUUUUUUUGUUGUUGUUUCUUUUGGAAAAUAUAAUUGAUAGAAGCCAACUAAAAAGGUUUGACAUCGUAAUACUUAUUUGUCUCUUUUUUUCUUUUACCGUAGCAAGAUGACGAAUGUUCAUAUAUAUAUAUAUAUAUAUUAUACGUAUACAAUAUAUUUUCUAAUAAUUAUUUUUAUACGGCGUGUGUGGUGUUCGUUAGAUUUCUUCUAUGCAUGUGUGUGUGUGUGUGCUCUAAAAGCCGAAUUAGACACGUGCAGACACGGCUUAAAGACUAAAUGGACGGGUGAAGUUGAACAUUGCCACCGAUGGUAUGUAUAAUUAUGUUGUUAUACUUUUUUUUUUUUUUAAUGACUUAAUCUUCUUCUUCUUCUUUUUGUUGUUGUUGUUGUUGUGUGUUUCCUUCGAGAUAAUAAUUGUCUUUUUUUGUUUUUUUUUUGCAUUCUUAAUCUCUACAAACAUUUAUCAUUAGCGUAGUUUUGCAUCUUUUUGUUCUUUUUCCUUAAUCUUCGCUCGAUAUCCUUUAUUUUCUUUCACUCUCAUUCACUCUUACUCUUUUUAUUUAUUUAUCAUAUUUUUUAUUUAAUAUUUUUUUUUUCUUCAUGGACUUUCUCCUUCGUUCUCUCUGCUUUUUUUUUUUUUUUUUNUAAAUCUAUCUAUCUAUUUAUCUAUCUAACUAUCUAUCUAUCUACUUCUA